AGGAAUCUCUUGCUGCAAAUAACCAAAAAUCAAUGACACAGCAGCUCCUUCAAAUGGUCGAUACGGUACAAUGAGACAUUCCCAGUGAUAUUCGUACUCCUACGCUAUUAUUGAUGCGCUUUUCGACGCUUUAUUUAUUUCAAGGGCCCUUAUCGUCGAAGGACUCUCAUUAAAAAAAGGUUACGGGGUCCUCUGAGACCAAAAGAACCGGACGAAACGCCGACUCAUCGUUCGUCGAGACAUUCUUUGUCCCCUUUUUCUUUACUUUAAAGUGAGAGUCACGCCACGUCGCUGACCCACAGACGAUUGUUUGCUAUCGAAAACGUCCAACAGAAAGGCUGCUUGGGUGGGACGGAUGGCGGCCGCUGGCAACGGGUCCACCGCCGAAGAGAUCGACGCAGGCGUUCGAAAGAAGGCGAAGAAGAUAAGUGGAAUCGGCGCUGAUGGCUGGUUUACGGAGACCGCGCCAAUGUGGCCGGGGCAGAAGUUCUCUCUCGCACUGGACCGCGCAUCGUCGCCGAGCAGCAGAGAUAGCAGCAUCCUCUUCCACGAGCAGUCGGAGUUCCAGGAGAUCCUUGUCUUCCAAUCGGCGCAGUACGGCAAGGUAUUUGCAAUUGACGGCAUCCUGCAGCUCACGGAGCGAGACGCCUUCACCUUCCACGAGAUGAUGUCCCAUCUGCCGCUCUUUUCACACCGGAACCCCGAGCGGGUCUUGAUCGUGGGCGGCGGCGACGGCUUGGUCCUCCAGGAGGUCCUCCGGCACAGAGAGGUUCGAAAGGUGACGCUCGUCGAGAUCGAUCCGAUGGUCAUCCGCGCCUCCAAGGAAUGCCUGAGACUCGUCCCCCCGGAACUGUAUGACGAUCCGCGGGUGGAAAUCAUCCAUGCCGAUGCCGCCGAAUACGUUCAGGAUCCAGAACACCACGAAAAGUUCGACGUCAUCCUAGCGGACACGCUGGACCCCCUGGGGCCGGCCGAGUCCCUUUUCGAACCUGAAUUCUACGAGUGCAUGCACGACGCGCUCAGGGCGGGUGGAAUCGUCUGCACGCAGGGGGAGAACAUGUUCAUUCACUUCGAGUUGAUCCGGGACCUCGUGGCCUGCUGCAAGGACAUCUUUGGGCACGCCGAGUACGCCAUCACGAGCGUCCCGUCCUACCCCUGUGGUCAGAUCGGUUUCAUAGUGGCUCGCAAGGGUCGGGACAACCGCAGCUGCAGCUCCCCCAUCCGGAGACCCACGCCGGUCUUUCAGAAGCAACUCAAGUGGUACAACCCCCAGAUGCACCAAGCGGCCUUUGUCCUCCCGGAGUACGUGAAGCAGGAACUAAGCGGCGAUGCCACAGGAACGAACGCGAACGGAAACGCAAUCACGAACGCGGCCACGGGCUAUGCCAAUGCUGGAUACUACCAUGACGACAACGACGGGGACGAGGAAGGCGACCGGUGCAUUUUGUCGCAGUGCGUCAUUAGUUGACGAACAAAGCAACUCAAAGCAAACCGGCAAGAAAUACAUGGUUCCACAAUCGAGAACCCGCUAACGUGCUAUCUACUAGGAUUGGCCUGGGCGAUUUGAAUCGCUAGCCUACAUCACAAUAUUGUUACAAUGUCCGAAAUAGCAAUAUCACUACUACACAAAAAUAUACUUGUGAAAGGAAAACCAAACAAGUUUGUAACAAAGCUAUGAAUAAACUUGUAUUAGCUGU